AUGAUGUCUGGUGGUGAUCGUUCUCGUGGAGACGGGGAGACAAGUUGCCCCAGCCCCGCUCGAUCAACGAUGGCAGCUCACAUGGUCACUACAGCACAGAGUCAUUCUCCGUUUGCUUCUGGUCACCAGUUUCUGAAUGCUCAACAAAAUUCUCAUGUCUUUGACCCCGCUGUUGUAAACGCUGCUGCAACCAUUGCUGUUGCUACAGCUCAAGCAGUUCACCAAGCAAACAAUGUUUUUGGACGUCAGACUGCAGCACCAUCCAUGACAUCGGCUCUUGGAGAUAACCGAAGUCAAUUAAUGGGUCGCCAAGCACCGAUGCCAACAAUGGCGCAGAUUGCAGCGAUGCUUUCCAGUGGAGGAAUGCAGGCACCUUUCAAUUCCAAUCAAUCAUCGCUCCAACAAUUCAUGAAUCUGGGAGGUAGUCUGGGAGGUAGCAUGCAAUCUUCACAAUCACAUUCACAGGGACAGGCACAACAAGGGGCAUUGCAAACUGCAUCAACAGUGGCUCCCAGUGCAACUGUUACUUCGGCUCAGGCACAAAAUAUGCAGUCUUGGAGCGCGGAACAACUCGAAAAACAUGUUGCACUGCUGCAUCAACUCAAUCGUCCUGUUCCACAGUACGUUGGACUCCUCCUAACGGAAGCAAGAAGAAAGCAGAAGAAGAAGAAUGCCAAGAGAAUUGCCAAUCGAAGAUCUGCUAGCACUUCAAGAGCUCGAAAAAAGCAAUAUGUCGAGGAAAUGAAGGUUACCAAUGCGCGACUAAAGAGACAGGCUUUGAUUUUAUCGCUCCUUCCCGAUCUCGUGGUGGCAAUCACUACGGAGGGAGAGAUCACCUUUUGCAGUGCUCAAGUCGAAAGAAUCUUGAAACACAAGAAUGAUGAUCUCAUCGGUGCCAAGCUUGGCAAUCUUUUGGUUCCAGCCUCGAGAGAUGAUCUCCGAUCGCUUAUUAGUGAUAUGGUGACAUGUGAAAAGGAACAAUCUCACGGAAGUGCACAGCGAGCAGGAGUGGGCUUGGAAUCCAAGCAUCGCCGCCGCCGUGGCGAAAAGCGAGUGCUAGGCGUAGAUACCGAUAGAACCAAGGCCGUUGCUGGAAAUGGUGAUGGCAACGGUUCUGGGAGAUCUAGCGAAAACACCGGCAGUGCUGCUAUCGUAUCCGACCAAUCCUUUCCAUUAUCAGUGGUAGAAGUGGAUAGCAAGCAAUCAGGAAGACCUGAUAGACUCAACACGGAACGAACCGAACGCUCAAACGAGAACUCGGAUGACUCCACGAACAACAGUGCUGGCAAGGCUCAACUGUCCUCGUUGACUACGAGCAUAACAUCCCCUGCGGUCUCAUCUGGAGACGAAAAGGCGGUACGCCAGGGUGGCUCUCAUGGCUCCAAUGAUAGUUCUGCAAAUGCCAAGCGAGGCACAAGCAGUGAUGACUCAUCCUCUUUGUCUUCGGAUGCCAAGAACAUGUCUGAGGCAAAUGAGAAUUUGAGUCGCAAUGUACGAAGACACAACCAAAAGAUGGAGGAAAACAAGAAAAAGGGCCGAACUUAUGGACCCAAGGACGAUGUCACUGGGGCCUCAGUCACUGCCAACAAUGCUACUGCAAGACUCUCUUCGUUGAAGCAUGUUCCGGAUUUUUCCAAGAUCAAGAGCGAGAAGGCAGCAGCAUACGAAAACAACGGAGACCAGUCAUCCUCGGAUGAAUCCUUGCUUGCGGGUGUGGAAGAAAAGAAGAAGACUACUGAGAAUGCUUCGGACGACUCUGGAUACAGAGAAUCCAAUGACUCGAGAGAAGAAAUGUCAUCCUCGGGAAGUGAUACAUCGAAUUCCAAUGAACAAACAAAGAAAUCAUUGUCUUCGACAUUCAGAAUGUGUCUGAUCCGUCAAGAUCUUACUACAGUCUGGUGUGAAGUAACAUCCUCGGUCCGAGCAAGAAUGACUGGUGAAGAUUCCUUUGAUUCACCAUCGGAUCCCUCUGAAGGACAUCAAGAUCUAGCUCCUACUACUGCGCCAAGUACUACACCACCAAGAGAGGAUCAAUUGGAGAUUCUACUAUGUUUAAGACCUAUCCGGAAUGGAGAGAAGAACGCGGACGAAUCGCAGCGGUUCGUCCCUGUCCAGCGGGCAGACUAUGCCAUGGAUGAUGCCGAUACUCUAGAACGAUUCGUUUCGUCUAGCAGUGAAAACGUCAAGAAGAUGGAGGGCUCCCUUGAAAGUGGGAGUCGAAAUAAUCCAUCACUUAAACGAGCAGUGCCAACCGAAGAAUACAACGUCAAGCAGAACAAGAAGCAGAAGACAGCUGGCAAAGAUAAGCCAUCCACCUUGGAUACCGAACAAGCUGUCGAAACUUUGAUGUUCUUGAACAAAUCAUCGCAAUAA